AUGUGUCUCCACCAUUACGCAACACUGGUCGACGCUAGGAAGAAGAAGAAAACGACAAUUUGCCACAGUCACAAUUUAAUUUCUUUAGUUUUUUGGGUUUUUAUUAAAAUUAAGUGCACGCAUCGAAUUAGAACGGCAAUCAGUGGCAGCCGAACUGAGUUCCCAUCGGCGAAAAAUAGUCAAUUAAGGGUUUGCUCAUGCACCCCGAACCUUCAGCAGAGUGCAACACCCACACUAAUCACAAAUUUUCAGUUCUUCGCCAGAUGUUCAAACGUCGCCGUCAACCGAAACCGAAUUUCUACUCGUAACCGAAUCUUCCAGGCCAACCAAACCCCAGUGCACCAACCAUGGACGUGUCCGCCUCCACGUCGUUUGAAGCCUCGCCGGACAAAAGGAGCAGCACCUACGUGGGCGACAACACACUGUACGACAGUGCUCUGGAUCACCAGCUGUCCACCACGGCCUACAAGUCCUGUAAUGAGAGCCUUAUCAGUGAACUGAGCCAAAAUCCAUUGGUACCCUUAACAUCGGCCAACAAAACCGCCAGUGCAGAGUUUGGCAAUGAGUCAGCUGUCUUCAAGUCCUUCGGAUCCCCGGCGCCGGCCACUUUCAACAGUCCCACACCAGCACUCAAUGCCAGCAUGCUGCUGAUUCAGUCCGAGAGCACUGACACAAACACCUCGCAGGAGGAGGUGGACCCCAAGUCGCAGCUGGCCAAUAAGACAAUAUUCAAGACGGAUAAUCCCAACCUGUCAAUUAUAGAGAUUAACGAUAACUCGAUCAAGGAGGAGGACCUGGAGAAGGAGGUGGUGCUGGUGGAGGGCGACAACGUGAAGAAUCUGCUCAAGAAGUCACCCAGCAAGGAUGCCACGGCAUCUGCAAGCGCGUCAAUCGACAAGCGUCGUCGCAAGGAGUCACUGCUCCAGACGAGCAAACAGAAACUGGACAUCUCCAUUGCCGAGGCUUCGGCAGCAGCAGAUGGAAAUGGCAAUGGCAAUGGGGAUGGCGAUGGCGCUGGCGAAAAGCGGGAUCUGGUGCCGGUCAUCGAUCAGCCGCAGACCAAGCGCGACAUCACAAUAUACGACACCAUUGAGGAGUUCGAACAGAAUUUGCCGUCGACGGUGACGCUGCUAAACACGCCUUUCGGCAGCAAGGUCUAUCUCGUGGGCACGGCCCACUUUAGCGAGGAGUCGCAGGAUGACGUCUCAUAUGUCAUACGCAAUGUCCGUCCAGAUGUGGUCAUGGUUGAGCUGUGUCCAUCGCGUAUUCACAUCCUGAAGCUCGAUGAAAAGACGCUGUUGGAAGAGGCCAAGAGCAUCAAUAUUCCCAAGAUUCGCGGAAUCCUGCACACUCAUGGCUACAUCAACGGCAUAUUCUUCAUACUGCUGCUGCAGAUGAGCGCCCAGAUCGCCAAGGACCUGGGCAUGGCACCAGGCGGUGAGUUCCGGCGUGCCUUCGAGGAGAUCCACAAGCUGCCCGGCUGCAUCCUGCACCUGGGCGAUCGUCCGAUCCGCAUCACCCUGUACCGCGCACUGCGUGCCCUGUCGCUGUGGCAGACCAUGAAGCUGGUCUGGCGCCUGACCUUCACGGACAGCAUCAGCAUCGAGGAGGUGGAGGAGUGCAAGCAAAGCGACCUGCUGGAGAAGCUGAUGCAGGAGAUGGCCGGCGAGUUUCCCGCCUUCUCGGACGUUUUCGUGCGCGAACGCGACAUUUUCCUCUGCCACUCGCUGCAGCUGGCUGCACUGCCUCAAGCGGCACCGGGUGCCCAGCAGAUCCGUCCGGUGCGCGUGGUCGGAGUGGUGGGCAUCGGCCAUGCCAACGGCAUUGCCAAGAUGUGGGGCACCGUGGACCCCAAGAAGAUUCCGGCCAUUCUCGAAAUUCCGCCGGCCAGCCUCGGCCAACGCGUCUGCACAUACACGCUGAAGUACGGCCUGAUUGGCCUCGGAUGCUACGGUGCCUUCCGCUUCUUCCGGCCCCGUUUAACCCGCUUCUUUUAGAUGGACUGUGGACCAAGCAUGAGGCGCCUGUAUACCCUGCGUCUGCUACGUUGUUGAAUUUGUUUUUAGUAUCUUACGACUCCCUGCGCUGAUUUACACACAUUUGAUCGUACGCAGAUGAACCGAAUUAGUUGUAUUGUAUUUUAUUGUACAAUGAUGUUUUGAUAGACUAGUUUAUAUACGAAAUAUAUCCAUGGAUGUAUAUACCUGCAUACGCGGAUACUACCAAACACAAGCCCAAAAGACCAUUACACAUAAUCCUAGUUUUAAAUUUCUGUUCCCUAAUUUAAAACGUGUUUAAAAUUUGUUAUUUACCAGAAAAAAUUAACAACCAUUCCAGCCCGUUUUGAUUUAAUUUCGAAAAUGUCUAAGAAACUCACAUGUUAUUGUCCACCUGAUUGUUAACACAAAAGAACCACAUGUAUAGUUAAGGCAUCGUAUUCCAUGUUGUAUGUACAAGGUUUCCUAGCAGGCUUGUGUUAAGCUCGAGAAUGCAAUGUAAAUUUCAAGAAGAAUACUACAUAUAGAACCCCCGCCUCUGCAUUAGCAUAACUUUAUCUUCCACUCCUACUCAUAGAUGUUGUUCAUUCCGUAGCGAAAAUCUAAAAGUUAGCUAGUACUGUUCAGAAUUGAGGUAAUACGUGAUGGACCUUCCAAUGGCCGUGUGUUAUAAAUGUAUAACUAAAGCUAAAUGCUAAAAAAAAGAGGAAUUUUACAAAACGAAAACCGAAACAUACCAACCUACAUGUACUUUAUCUAUACUAUGUACUAUAUCUGAGCGUUGUAAACGUAACAAAUGUUUUAGAAAUACGAUUACCUAGCGAACUAUAAGCAGUCUGUAUGUAUCUUGACGCAUGAAUAUUAGCUGCGUAGAUUUGCUACUCCGUAAGUGGAGUUAUGUAGCAUUUAGAAUAGAACCUACCACCCGAAGCAAAAGCAAACGAGCCUUUGUUUGUUUGUGAGCGUCUCAAAUAAAUGUACUAUAUGUAUUCCAGUCGAUGAUAAA